AUGGACGGCGUGCUCUGCGACUCGGAGCUCCCGUCGCGCCACGCCGCCGUCGCCCUGUUCGACCAGUUCUACAACGUCUCCGUCUCCGCAGACGACUUCUCCCCCUUCACCGGCACGGGCGAGGCCAAUUUCCUCGCCGGCGUCGCCGCCCUGUACAGAGUCCCCGCCUUCGACCCGGACGAGGCAAAGGCCCGCUUUUUUGACAUCUAUACCUCGCGAGAGUACAUCGCAGACUUGGCCCCGUUCCCCGGCGUCGUAAGCCUCGUCCAGCGCGUCAAGGCCCUGGGCUUGAAGGUCGCCGUCGCGUCGGCUGCCGACAGAGUCAAAGUCGACGCAAACUUAAACGCCAUCGGCCUGCCGCCGGAAACCUUCAACUUCAUCACCUCCUCGGAUUUCAUCCCCAACAAAAAGCCCGCCCCGGAUGUCUUCCUGGCCGCCGCGAAUGGCCUCAACGUCCGCCCGGACCGCUGCGUCGUCAUCGAGGACGCCAUCGCUGGCGUCCAGGCCGCGAAGGCCGCUGGCAUGCGCUGCAUCGCCGUGUCCACAAGCUUGCCGUCCGACCUGCUCGAAAAGGAAGCCCCGGACGUCAUCAGAGGGGAGCCUGCCUUGAUCGAGAUCAGAGACAUCUUUGGCGAGGACAUUUUUGAAAACCUCGACUUGGACCGCCUCGCGGGCAAGGCCCCCACCUCGGCUCAGGAGCAGGCCUAG